AUGAACGUGAGCAGCGAGUCUAAGUUUGUAGAUACUGUCUCAGGGCAGCGUAUGCUUCCCCCCUGGUCUCGCACAUCUGUCGAUGCUGGGCCUGAGUCUUAUGCAGCCAGCCUGCGCUCUCCAAACAGAUGGAGAACACAGAUGGUUUUCUCCAAGAGCGUUUAUUCAUUUCAAGUAAAAGAAGACACAGUUCCAGGAACAGUUGUGGGAAAGGUGGAGGCAGAGUCCCAGGCUCUCACGCCUAUCACAUAUUCAGUGCAGGAGGAUGACGGAGAGAACCUGUUCCUCCUCAGCCCUCUCUCGGGAGAGUUCCUAUUAUCCCGCAGCCUGGAUUUCGAAGCACAGAGGUUCUACAUUCUCACAGUGGUGCUGCAGCAGGGGGGUCUGCAGGUGUCCAGUGUCAGGGUUUACUUCAGUGUCCUGGAUGUCAACGACAACCCCCCUGUUUUCAGCCAGGAUAACUUCUCCGCUUCAAUACUGGAAGACGCGCGGGUUGGCACUUGUUUCCUGUCCCUGAACGUGUCAGACAAGGAUGAAGGUGACAGUGGAGAGCUGAAACUCAAAGUGCUUGACGGCGACAAAGAGACACUUUUCUUCAUAAACUCAGCUGGUCGUUUGUGUCUCAACAAAGAGUUGGACAGAGAGAGACAGUCCGCAUAUAAUCUGACUGUGGCAGCUCAUGACUGUGUCCAGCAGCCGGCGUCCUCACAGCUCACCGCCACCGCACACGUCACUGUGCUCGUCCUCGAUGUCAACGAUAACGCCCCCGUGUUUGUGUCGGCCAAAAGUGUCAGCGCACCAGAGGACACUGCAGUUGGCGCUAUUGUCACGACUGUACAUGCUGAGGAUGAGGACGCUGGGUCCAACGGGGACGUCUUAUAUUAUUUAAUUGGCUCCUCUAGUGGUACGUUCAGCAUCGGUGACAGGAGUGGACACGUCUACCUGGAGGAGACAUUAGAUAGAGAACACGUGGACGCUCUGACUCUGACUAUAACCGCUAUGGACAGAGGCUCACCCAGGAUGGAGACCACUAUGAGUCUCACGGUGCACGUCAAGGACGCAAACGACCAUGACCCUAAGUUUUCACAAGACGUCUACACGCUGACAGUGAGAGAGGACGUCCCCAGAGGUACGAGCUUGUUCCAGGUUCAGGCCCAUGAUCAAGACGACGGGCCGAACGGACAAGUGCGCUACAUGCUGAACCAGACGAGUCCGUUUAUGGUGGACGCAGUUCGAGGUGUAGUAACAGUCAUGGGAAAACUGGACAGAGAGAAGGACUCGAACUAUGACCUUGUGAUAAAAGCCUUAGAUCGGGGAAACAUACCCAGAUCUGCUGUGGCUGCUUUCAGAGUCACAGUGUUGGACGUUAACGACUUUGUGCCCCAGUUUUCUCCUGAGACACUGAUCAUACACGUCCUGGAGAAUGAGGAGGACCCGUCUCUGCUGACACAUCAGGUUUCAGCUUUGGAUGAAGAUUUGGGGGUCAACGGCCAACUUUCUUAUUCCAUACAGAAUGGGUUGCCACCAUUAACAGGAACUCUUACUGUGCAUGUCAUCGUGGACGAUGUGAAUGAUCACAGACCAGAGUUUACUGAGGAAGUCUACAACACCAUAGUCUACGAGGACAGUCCACCAGGAACGGUGUUUGCCAUGAUAACAGCGUCUGACCACGAUGACGGACUCAAUAGUGAAAUAAGAUAUUUCACAGAUAACCCUGACGUACCUUUUGCCAUUGAGGAAACAUCUGGAGAGUUGCUAACGACCGAUGUCUUGGACAGGGAGACAGUAGCCAUCUACAAUUUGACAGUGAUUAGCAGCGACAAACAUCCCACUGAGCCUCUGUCGAGCUCAGUGCUCGUCACUGUGAUUAUUGGAGACAUCAAUGACCAUUGGCCUCAGUUUACAAACAGUCCCUAUGUGGCACACGUGCCCUCUGAACUGCCUCCAGGCUCCAUCGUUUGUGCCGUGAGUGCAACAGACGAUGACACUGACAUGAACGCAGAUCUACAUUAUUCACUUUCUGGCCCAAGUUCAGAUCUGUUUUACAUUGAUCCAUACAGCGGCACCGUGUUCACCUCAAGAGCUCUGCGGAGGGCAGAAGAUAUCAUCGUCAACAUACAUGUGGAAGAUGCAGAAGAAAACCCCAAAUCUGACACCACAACCAUGAGUAUCAGGUUUCAAAAUGUCUCUGACUUUCCACAGAUGAAUGUGGACGUUCUGAAUUAUUCCUUCUCCGAGGACGAGCCAGUAGGAACAUUAGUCGCCUUGGUCUCUGCUGUGAGCGUCCGAGCCGAACCUGUUUCUUUCUAUAUAUCUUCUGGAAACUAUGAAGAUGUGUUCCACGUGGACCAAAUCAGUGGAGUGCUGAUAGUAGAGAAGCCUCUGGAUUAUGAGAACAAAAAGGAGUUUACUUUGUUGCUGGAAGCCAGAGACUCCGGGUCGCCGCCGUUCUCAUCGUUUGCGGAAAUCCGCGUAAACGUCAGUGACGUAAACGACAACUUCCCGCAGUUCACAGAAGCUGAGUACAGGUGUGAGGUUUUCGAGAACUCCCCACCGUCGUGGGUUUGUGACAUUCUCGCGAUCGAUGCCGACUCUGGCAGUUACGGCACAGUGUGGUACAACAUAGCAGAAGGAAACGAUGAUCACUUUUUUACCAUUGACCCUGAAAAUGGUUUAUUGAGCACCACUGACAGUCUAGACAGAGAAAACGUCCCUGAGUUCACUUUGAUUGUUGAAGCUGCAGAGAUAGAUAAUCCUCUUUAUAAAGACAGAACAACUGUUAUCAUUGCUGUUCUGGACAGGAAUGACAACCCACCUCGGUUUCCACACAUUUUUCUUGCAGAGGUACCUGAGGAUUCCCCGGUUGGGCACACAGUUGUAAAAGUCACCUCAACUGAUGAUGACACUAGUCCUAAUGCAGUUGUUAAUUACUCUAUUGCUGACCAAAGCGAUAAUAUGGCUUUUAAUAUUGACUUUACCACUGGCUACGUCACAGUUGAAAGACCUCUGGACAGAGAGAUGCAGGAUCAUUAUGUCCUGAGGGUAAACUGUAACGAUUCAGCAUGGAGCAUAAGCACAGACGUCACAAUCAUAAUUACAGAUGUUAACGAUAAUAGACCAGUAUUUUCCAAUCAUUUUUACAACGCUGUCCUCCCUGAAACGAAAGAUCAAGAGGUUUUUGUGUUGCAGGUUGUUGCGACAGAUGCAGAUAUUGGGCAGAAUGGUGAGAUUUUAUACGUUAUUGAACCUCCAAUCGAGGAGUUUUGGGUGAGUGCUUCUUUUGGUGAAAUCUAUACGAAGCAGCCAUUAAUGUUACAGACAUUAACUUUUGAUAUCUACCAGUUUACUGUCACUGCUUUUGAUUGUGGCAGUGCUCCCCUGUACAGUAACACCACGGUCUCCAUAAGAUUAGAGCUGUAUAAUCACAACCCACCAAUGUUCCUGCCUCUGCAGCCUCUGAUUGCGAUCCCAUAUCACAUGGCUGUGGGAAAUGAGGUGGUCCAGUUUACGGCAGUAGAUCUGGAUGUCAGUAAUAGCAGUGCUGGUAUCCAGUACUCUUUAAAUGGAGGCAAUGCAUCUGAUUUCUUCUGGAUCCAAGCCGACGAUGGGAAAGUCCAAUUAAAGCAAAGUUUGACAGAGAGCAUAAACUCGUUUCUCACUUUAAUAGUUGUCGCAAAAGACCAGGGCAUACCGCCUUUAUCUUCACAGACUCACGUCACUUUUGAAAUUACGGGGAGGAAUCAAUAUUCUCCGAGCUUUAGAGAGCCAAACGUCACUUUCUCCAUUCCUGAGGACUUACCAGCGGGAUCUGUUAUUGGCAGAAUUCAAGCAGAAGAUGGAGACUAUGGUCCCAAUGGUGUGAUCGCGUACUGCAUCGUCCCAGCAAAUCUACCAUUACUGUUCUCUGUAGGAGAAGUCUCUGGGUUGCUAACACUGACCAAAGAGCUCGACUUUGAAAGAGAAGUUAUUUACCAUCUUCAAAUCAAAGCCACAGAUGGUGGCUGGAUCUCAAAAACAGGCAUGAUGAAUAUUACAAUUGUGGUUAUGGAUGUGAAUGACAAUCCCCCAGUGUUAUCGUUCUCAGAGUUUCUCACUUUAGUGCCUGAAAACUCAGAAAUUGGAACAAAUGUCUUGGACGUGAAAGCUACAGACGCUGAUUCAGGCCUAAACGCACAAAUAGUCUACUCCCUUAUUGCAGGCCAUGUGGAUAAAUUUGCCAUUGACCCAAGGAGUGGCACAAUCACCACUUUGGAUGUGUUUGAUUAUGAGCAAGAGCAGAUCUUUGACGUGACAGUCAAAGCCUCAAAUAUUGGGGGUCAUAAUUUAUUUACUUUGGCUCAUGUUGUCAUCCAGAUCGUGGACGUCAAUGAGUUCACACCUGCGUUCACAAAGAUGGAGUUUAACUUUUCAGUUUUUAAAAAUGUGCCUGUUGGAACUGUUGUGGGGAAGAUAACAGCCACAGAUGAUGACCAGGGCCCCGAAGGUCAGGUGUUUUACCUCAUGUUUGGCCAAAAUAAACAUAUGGGCUUCAAUAUUCACAAACUCUCUGGAGAAAUCUACACAACCGGCAGUUUGAGGAAACACAGCAACAGUGAUAUAGUUUUAAAAGUUCUGGCAAAGAACUCCGGUGUCAUCACCGGAGUGAAUGUGGAUGAAAGUUUGGUCCACAUCAGUGUGUUUGACACUAACGAUGCACCCGUGUUCACCUCUGCGAUUUAUUUGGCGAAUGUGACAGAGGACAGCCCGGUUGGGACAUCUGUGAUAACAGUUAGUGCUCUGGAUCAGGACUCCAUCUUGGACUGGAAUCGUGUCUUCUUCAGCAUUGAAGGUGGAAACACAAACUUGUCGUUUGCCAUUGAGCCACUUAGUGGCGUUAUUUCAGUGAAUUCUCCUCUUGACAGAGAAACGUUUGAAAUUUAUAACCUGACCGUUACAGCUACUGAUAAUGGCUCUCCACCAGCCACUGGCACUACCAAUGUGCUCGUGUCUAUUGGCGACAUUAACGACAACACCCCGAAACUUACAUUAACCAAGGCUCAAGUGAAGGAAAAUCAGCCUCAAGGUACCAUCGUUACCAGGUUAAACGCAUCAGAUUUGGAUAUUCCACCAAAUCAGGGGCCUUUUAUGUACUGGUUAGUAAACCCUUCUACAGAUAGUGCUUUUUCACUGACUCCUGACGGAGUUUUAUUCACAACAAGGCCUAUUGAUAGGGAAUUAACGCCCAUAUAUCGGAUUCUGCUGGCUGUUAGAGACGCAGGGAUUCCCGUGCUGUCAUCCACAACAACGUUCCAUAUCCGGAUAGUGGACGAAAACGACAACCCCUCACUGCCUAGGAAUAUCUUCAUCGAGGUGAAAUAUUUUGGUAGUUCUUUCCAAGGGGGUAUGCUCGGAAACGUCCACCCGGAAGAUCCGGAUGAGGCCGAUACAUUUACCUGCAGUGUCAAAAGUGGGCCACUGAACAUGUUCACGAUACCCAACGGCACAUGUGAGUUGUGGUCGUCCCCUUUUCAAGGCGAGGCUACGUUUAACGUCACCAUCGAGGCUGCAGACCAGUUUCACGUGCCAGUGAACAACAGCAUCUAUGUGAAGUACAAAGGCUUCACAAACGCCUCUAUAGACAGCUGUAUUUUGUUCUACGUGUCCUCAUCCUCAAUGGAAGAGUUCUUAUCGAACAAGUAUUUGAGGUUUGUGAAAGCUCUGGACAGUCUGUUUAACCAACAGGCCUCGAAGACGCAUGUAUUUGGAAUCAAAAGUAUCGGCAGUGAAAUCCUCAUGUUGGCUGCGGUGAAAAAUUACAACGGUGAGUAUCUCAGCAGAGAGGUAGCCAGAGGCAUCUCGACUGCCCAUAAGAAACUACUGGAGUCUCAGAGCAAUGUGAGCAUAUCUCACAUCACCAGCGACCCGUGUCUCACCAGCCUUUGUCAGAACGGUGCAGUGUGCAACAAAAACAUUUACAUCAGCCAGGAUGUUGCUGUGCUCGAAAGCCUUGGCGUGAUCUUUGUGUCACCGCAGAAGGAGGUUUUCAACUGCACCUGUCCCGCUGGCUUCAGUGGGACACUGUGCGAAGACGACAAUGACGAAUGUGAGGCGAAUCCCUGCGAAAAUGAAGGCACGUGUGAGAAUACAGCAGGAAGUUUCUACUGUCACUGUCAAAGUGGAUUUUCUGGCUCCUUCUGCUCCACUGAUGGAGAAAAAUGCCUGGAGGUAAAAUGCCAGAAUGGAGGAACUUGUAUUCAUAAACAGGAUGGGUAUUACUGUCACUGUGAGCCUGGAUUUGAAGGUGAAACAUGUGCGCAGAUCAUCGAUCACUGUAAAUCAAACUCCUGUUUCCAGGGAAACUGUGUCAACUCAGUGACAGGAUUCUCAUGUCAGUGUCCCUUUGGAGUCACUGGGGUGCACUGUGAGGAAAACAGUUAUGGCUUCGAGGAACUGUCCUUUAUGGAGUUUCCCCCAUUAGACCGCAGGACUAAUUUAAUUUCUCUCGAGUUUGCAACAGUGCAGAGUAAUUCCAUGCUAAUUUACAACCCGGGAGGAUUGUCCAACAGGGAUUAUUUUGCUCUGGAGAUACUGGAAGGGACCAUACAUCUCUCCUACAACCUGGGCUCAGGACCAGUGAGACUGCAGACUAAAAAGCAAGUGGCAGAUGGACAUUUUCACAGCGUCUCUGUGAGGAGGAUUGGCAGUAUGGGUUCUCUACAUGUGGACAACUGCACUGAUGUUGAGAACAGCGGGUUUUGUUUUUCCCAGAGCGACAGCAGCAGCUCAGAGAGGACCCUGGACGUCGGCAACAAUAAUAUGACAUUUGGAGGAAUGAGGACAAUUGAGUUUAUUUCUCUGCAACCUGCACCGAUAAAAACCCAUGACUUUGUUGGAUGUAUUCGAAACAUUCACGUCAAUGGCAUCCAGCUCAGACCGUCAACGGCCCUGGCAACGUACAACAUUCGUGAUAGGUGUCCUCGAGCAACAGUGUCACCCUGUCACAGUGACCCAUGUAAAAAUGGUGGUGUGUGCCGUGACGUCUGGUCUGACUUCGUUUGUGAGUGCAAGAGCCCUUUUAUUGGAAGCGACUGUGCCACAGAAAUGUCAGCGGAAGUUGUUUUGCGAUUCAGCGGGAAUGACUACGUAGAGUAUGUCAUCAAGGAGCGAUUCAGAAGAGACUUCCUGCUAAAAGAGUCGCUCAGUGACAAAAACGAGGGAAGCGACAAAGACCAAACAGUGAUGAGCAUCAAGUUUAGGACCAAAGACAGCGGAGUAUUAUUGUUUGUUAUCGGACAGACGGGAUUCAUUGUGUUGACGAUAAAAGACAGAAAGCCUUUGUGCCUCUUUAAAGAGUCACAGUCGGGACACCUGUUAGAGUUCACUGUGGACGCCACAGUGGCUGACGGCCUCUGGCAUGUCCUGUCCUUGUCCAGCGGUGGACACGUCAUGUUUCUCACUCUGGAUGGAAAAGCAGUCUUGAACAUCACUGACAGACGCAUGGACCUCACUCCGGCUCGUGUGGAAAAGAUCGUUCUGGGCGCAGCUCUGACAGACGACGCAAAGCUCCAGCAGCCAGGUUUCUCUGGAUGCCUUCAGGACUUCACUGUGACUGGUUACACUCUGCCUGCCACCGGACACAACGUGAUGGUGGACAUCAGGCCCAGCAGGUCUCUCACGAAGUCCAGCUGUGUCUCUCCAGGUUUCUGCCUCCCCUCGCCCUGCUCCGAUCAGGACCCUGCCAGAAGACACUGUCUCUCUGGACAAUGUCCAGACCAGUGGAGCUGUGGACCCAUUGGGCAGAACAGAUCCUGCAUCUGUUUACAUAACCUCUCCGACUCCGCCUGUGAUAUCUGCAUCUCCACGACAGGAAGCAGUGAUCGGUGCUCUGAAACGCAGGGCAGCGCGUCUCUGUGGCUCAUAGCUGUGAUCCUUCCACUGACCUCUGGCCUGGUUAUUAUCGGAAUGUUUGUUGUCUUUUAUAGAGUGAGGCGACGGAAUUCACAGCGUCAAAGUUUGCCACAGAAGACAGAGGACGGGGCCGACAAUGCAGCUUUCUGUUUUGAUGACAACCGUCCUCUCACAAAUGCUGCAUCUGCGGGAAAAGAGAGACAACGUGAGCCAACGGGUGCUGAUCAGCAGAGGACAAGUGUCGACUUGUACUCUGAUGCCAGUCCUUCAAAUAUUCACCCACAGCCCAAGAGUGAGCUGGAUUAUUGUGAAAUCGGCAGCAUUUCAAGUGCGUCUCAGUCAGACUCCGCCUCGCUGAAGCUCAGCUGUCACAAGCACUUCUACGGCACAAAGCGCGUGAAAGCUGAUUCUAAACAGUGGAGGGAUUUGAAGAUGCUGUUGACAGGAUUUCAGAAGAAGGAUUCCAGUGAAGAGACAGCCAAAUGUCCCCUUACACCUAGCGUCACGGCUUCUCCAGACAAACAGCUGAUUAGUAGGCUUGAUGCAGAGCAACCGCAGCUCACGUCACCUGCUUUUAUGAAGACGGUUCCACAGUCACAGCUUCCAGAACCCGUGCAAUGUCUCACAUGUGAAGAAAUCUGCAAACUAAACGCUCCUCUGGAGCAAAGCACGUCAAGUGAAGUUCUCCUGGGGGCUAAACCUGCCGAUUCCGCCGCCGCAACCGUCUCAUCUGACAGUGAAACAGACAGCACGUUCACCUGCUCAGAGUCUGAGUACGGACAGUUCUCCGUCGUCAAACAUGGACAUGAACAGCAAGGCAUUUUGCCCGUGGGCGCAUUAUUCAAACAGAACCGUUGUUCUGGUGCACGUCAACAGAAAUACGAGGGUCUGUCCUCCAGUAAGUUUGAGCAAUGGGAGAAUAUUUUAAACACGCAUCUACCUUUUAGCAGCUACGUGCCCGUGUUUGAGGAUAUCGCUUGUUUACCUUUGGACACCAGUCAUAGCAAUGAUGUGCAAAGUGACGUAGAAGAAAUUAUUUGAUUUAAUUAUAAUCUGUCCUUUCAAUUGAGAAGGAAUCAACCUCUCAUGCUGUUCAUUUAUAAAGCCCUAGGACUGUAGUUCCUAUUAUACCUCGCAUCUCGACUCACUGCUACAUUUCCAUUGGAGAAUUUAGAGUUUUAUAAUCUGUUUUUCUUGAUCUGUUAGUUGCCUUAUGUCAUGUUAUGUUAUGUACUGCCCCUGCUAAAUAAAAUUUGAACGAAAUGUAAAAAAA